AGAAUAAACAUAUUUUUUAUAUAAAAUUUUUAAAAUGAUAUAAUAAGCCAAAAUACAAUUUUUAUUUGAAAUAUUCAGGUUGAUAAAAGAUUAUUAAUUGAUGAAAUAAAUACUCGCGUUCGUAAAAACCUUUCAUGACAGAUGCCAAAACAUCGAAAAUUGAAUUAGAUGCGCCAAAACACAAGUCAAUCUCAUAUACAAAAUUAGAUCCAAUCAAAUCACAUUUUAAGUUAACUUCUGAUUCCUACGUUAAACCUAUCAAUAAUAAUAAAAUUAGACAUAUAUGGAUCAUUUUAUUGGCAUGUUUCAUCAAUUUUUUUAUCGUCGACGGCAUAGGUCAUUCCCUCAGUCUAUUUUUUGUUACGUUUGGUGAUAAUUUUCCUGAUUCAAAGAGUAAGAUAUCAUGGAUAAUAUCGAUACAUUAUUCGAUGACAUUAUUGUCCGGACCGUUAGCCGGUCUCGUACUAAAUUAUUUUGGAUGCGGGAAGGCGAAUAUGAUCGGUGGCUUUUUGGCAUUUUUAGGAUUCUUUGUUAGCUCUUUUACAAAUCAAAUAUGGGUACUAAUGUUGUUUAUGGGUUGUCUGUCGGGAUUGGGAGUAGCCAUUAUCUAUGUGUCGUCUUACACGAUCAUUUUAUUUUAUUUCACGAAUAAGAAAGAAUUGGCAACUGGCAUAUUUUCCUGCGGCUCGGGCAUAGGAGCAUUGAUUUUCGGUCCCUUCGUCCAAUAUCUCAUUAAGCAGUUUGCUUGGCAGGGUUCGCUUUUAAUACUCUCAGCAAUUUUUUUACAGACAUUAGUGUGCGGUUGCCUAAUCAUUUUAUAUGAUACCAUUUUCGAUACAAAUCUCCUGUACACAGAACCAACACCCGCUCACAUCACGAAUUCGAAUCGAGAUAACUCUGAUACGAAUGAUAAAGAAAUUGAAAGUCCUAUGAUUAACCUUCAAUCGUCGACGAAUAAAUCAAAAUCUUUGUCUCAUUUAUCAGAUAGUAAUUUGAAUGACGCGAAUCAAGACUUCUAUAAAUCGCUUCCCUUAAUAGCUAUUUCCGCGGUGAAUUUCGCUCAAUCUAAAAGUGAUCAUGAUAACUACUAUUCUCAAUCAAAUCGAAACACGAUUACAUCCGGUGAAACAACUUUCGAUGGAAAAAUAAUCAAGUUUUUUAGGACUCGCUUAAAAUACUUCAAAAAUUUGAACUUUUUAAUUUUUUUUAUAUCGAACUUAUUACUUUACGCGAGCGGAGAUACGCCGUGCUUAUUCACAAUCGACCGUACUGUCAAUCUCAAAAUAGCUAAGGAUACGGGAUUACUUAUUUCAGUGAUGGGCGUUUCGAAUACGAUUGGGCACAUCUUUUAUGGAAUUUUGUCACAUUACGUUACAAAUAUACACGGUUCAAAAGGUAAUAUAUACCUUUAUAGCUGUUCUAUUAUUUUUUGUGGUAUUGCGACAAGCUUCGUCCCAUUCAUUAAUAGUCUGUAUGUAACGUAUCUGUAUUUGAUUACUUUGGGAUUUUUCAUAAGUUCAAAUUAUACGCUCACGUCAAUCAUCACACUUGACAUCACUGAUUCAAAGUCAUUUAUUGCGGCAUUCGGCCUUAUUCUAACUUCUCAAGGGAUAGGCGCGUUAAUUGGCGCUCCAGUCGGCGGCGCUUUAAUUGAUUACUACGGGAAUUAUGACAUCGCAUUUUACUUAGCUGGAAUAUUUAUUUGUAUUUCAGGGAUAAUCUUGAUCUUUGCAAGAUUUUUAAAAUUCAUUAAAAAUAUGAUAUAACUUUUUGAUUUUAAAAAUGAGCUCAAUAUUUUCUAAUUCAAAAAAAACAUUAAAUUAUAUUUAACCAAAUUUUUAAAUUGCAAAUAUGAUAUAUUUAUUAGAUUAAUUUUUUUUUAUAAGAUACAAAUUUUUAAUUUUUUUUAAAAAGCUGGUAAACUGACACAAUGUUAAUAUACCAAUAUAUUUGAAAAUUUGCUCAUAUAAAUAUAAUUUAAAAUGAUAUGUACAAUCAUUAUUUAGAAAACUAAGAUGCAUAAAAUCUUAAUUUCUUCUUACUUAAUCUUAAUUUCUUCACUACUUUUUGGCUGUUUAGCCGAUACUUAAACGGCCAUAAGCCGACCUAAGAUACAGCUGAAGAACUUAAAAAAUGAACACUUUCAAAAAGAAGAAUGCGUUUACUUUGAAAAUUCGUCUAAAAUGCAACGCCGUUCACCAUGUAUUUUUUUCUCGAAUUUUAUUCACAGACGUGUAUAAUGUAAACGUGUUUUUAAUAUAUUUAUAAUGCAAUAUAUUAUAAUGAAAUAUAAAUAAUUGAAUUAAGUAUAUGGAAUAUUUAUAAUUUUAAAUUACAAUUUACUUUUUAAAUGCAUGAGAAUAAGAAUUAAGUGGUUCUUAAAAGUCUAAUGUUGGCAGACCGGAACGAUUUCCCCUAAGGGUCUCUAUGGAUAUUGCUUCUUUGUAAAAAACCUCAAGAGGUAAUAUCAGAAUCCAUAUGGGAUUAUAGCUAGGCAGGUGGUUUAUAUAUUUUUGAUAUUGGAUCUUCAAUUUUUUUUGAAUGCAAGAUUUCCUAUAUUUUUACUCUUAGGUAUUGUCCAUUGCACAAAUUUUUAAUUUUUUAAUGUCCAUUUCUCUACAUUUAAAAACAAAUUAAUAAUUAUAUUUUUUCCGAUUGCAGAUCUAAACUUCCCUCUAAUUUUUAAAAAGUAAAUAAAUGCGGAACAUUCUGAUAAACACUAUAAAAAUUUCAAUAAAUUAUUACAUAAUUA